GCUGUUGGACAGCCAGGAGUGUGACCACGGCCACCACAGGGCUUUGCAGAGAGAAAUGUCACCUUCUGCAUCCCCAAAACAGAAGGAAAAGGGUGGCAGGGAUCGGCUCUGGGGCGGAAGAGGAAGCAGAGGCUGUGCUCUGCCAUUUCUGGGCUUUGUGGGUUUGUGGGGCGUAGAAAGAACCCCGAGAAAUUGGUAUUGAAUCAUGGAUAAUCAAUACCUGGGGAGUGCAGCACGGUGCUGCCAGCAGCCUCACAAACCCCAUUCCAUCCCCCCGUGGCAUUUGGGGGCCCCGGCUGCAUCCUCUGGCAUUUCCUCUCGCACCGCAGCCAAACCCCACAGCCCCGGGGGACCCCACCGAGGCACCCCAUGAUCCCCACCCCACGAUCCCCAUCCCAGCCUGCCCAGGAUCCCGGCGGGAUGGCGACCUGCGGGUCCGCCAGUGGCUCGGGGAGAGGCCACUCAACCAAGCUCGCCCAUAAAUCAGGGCUGGCAACAGCCGGGGCGGGAUGGGGGCUGCUCCCCAGGGCUGCGGGCUGGCUGCAGCCCGUCCCUGCGGCUGCCUCUGCCAGGGAUGCAGCCAGCCGGGCCUUCCCCGCCCUCCUCCUCCUCCUCCUCCUCCUCCCCGGGGCGGAGGAAGGCAGCGGCCGCAGCUGGCACUGCAGGCGGUGGCCGGGGGAAGCGGCUGCUCCGGGGAGUCUGAUUUCCAGCGCUGUUUAUUAAUAACCCCUCUCCGCCCCAUGCUAAGCCCAUGUGUAGCGCAGAGCCGGCGGCGCUGGGCUCCAGGGGAGGAAGGGACCUGAUGGCACAGCCCGAGCCCCCUCCAGAGCUGCAGCUGGAUGAAGCCAGAGCACCCCCAGCCCCACAGGGAGCAGCUGAAGGAGCUGCUCCACACCCAGAACGUCCUCACAGCCCGCUGGAUCCAGCAGGGAAUGGAUCUAAACCCCUGCAGAGGGGCAGCCCAGACUCCAGGCAGGAGCUGCAGGCUGCCAGCAGAGAUCCUUCCUUGGAGAUAAACACACCAGGGACUCAGCUGGAUGAGGGCACAGCCAGGGCUGGGAUCCUGCUGGACGUGGAUGCAGAUGGGACAGGAACCCCACUGGACAUGGAUGCAGACGGGGUAGAGAUUCCUCUGGACGUGGAUGAAGGUGGGACAGGGAUCCCAGUGGAUGAGGAUACAGCAGGAAUUCUGCUGGACGUGGAUGAAGGUGGGACAGGGAUCCCAGUGGAUGAGGAUACAGCAGGAAUUCUGCUGGACGUGGAUGAAGGUGGGACAGGGAUCCCAGUGGAUGAGGAUACAGCAGGAAUUCUGCUGGAUGUGGAUGAAGGUGGGACAGGGAUCCCAGUGGAUGAGGAUACAGCAGGAAUUCUGCUGGACCUGGAUGAAGGUGGGACAGGGAUCCCGCUGGCCAUGGACACAGACAGGGCAGGGAUCCCAGACAGUGCAGAUGGGGCAGGGAUCCCUCUGGACAUGGACACAGAGGGAGCAGGCGGCCCUCUGGAUGCCGAUGCCACAGAGCACCAGUUCCUGACCCUGGAAGAGCUGGGGAAUUAUUUCCAGGAGUGCAUCGAGGUGGUGGAGCAGCUGGAGAGGGAGAGGGACAGCCUGAUCGCCGAGCUGGCCCAGCUGCGCGAGCCGGCGCUGCAGGAGAUCCGCCAUGCCCACGAGGAGAUCCAGGCAGCCUGCAGGCUGCUGGCCAAGGUGGAGCUGGAGAGGGACAACCUGCGGGAUGAGAUCCGCCAGAUCAAGCAGAAACUCUUCAAGGUGACCAAGGAAUGCGUGGCCUGCCAGUACCAGCUGGAGAGCCGGCGGCACGACCUCUCCCAGCACGCCGCCUACCAGGGCGAGCUGCAGAGCCAGGCGGGGCAGCUCUCGGGGGAGCUGUCCCAGCUGAAAGAGACCUGUGAGAAGGAGAAGGAAGUUCUGAGGCAGCGCCUGGAGGCUCCUCCCUGCCGGCAGGACAACCUGUACCUGCAGGAGAGCCGCAGGCUGUCCCUGGAGUUCGAGAGCUUCGUGGCCCAGAGCCGGCGGGGGCUGGAGGAGCACUACGAGCCGCAGCUGCUGCGGCUGCUGGAGCGGCGCGAGGCCGGGGCCAAGGCUCUGCAGGAGAUGCAGGGGGAGAUCCAGGGCAUGAAGGAAGCCCUGAGGCCCUUGCAGGGCGAGGUCAGCCGGCUGAGGCUGCAGAACCGCAGCCUGGAGGAGCAGAUCGUGCUGGUCAAGCAGAAAAGGGAUGAGGAGGUCGGGCAGUACCGGGAGCAGGUGGAGGAGCUGGAGGACAGGCUGAAGGAGCUCAAGAACGGGGUCCAGCUCCAGCAGCGCAAGAACCAGGAGCUGGAGGAGCUCAGGACCAGCCUCCAUCGGGAGCUCUCCAUCUACAAGAGCUGCUUAGAAAUCUACGGCCACCUCUGCAAAUCAGAGGAAAAAGCAGAGCAGGACUCUUAGAACCACAGAAUUUUCCUCUUUGUAGCAAAAACCAGUGGACAGAGGAUCCAAGGGAUGUCUCCCCAUGCUGCUUUACCCUGCCUGAUGUGCAGCAGCUGCCUGGAGCUGGGAAUACCAAUCCUUCCCCUGGGUGUUUCCCCAGGUGCUGCUGCUGCUCUUGUAGUAAAAGUGCUUUUCCCCAGAGGAGCAGAGCAAUCUUUGUACUGAACAAAGGAUAUGGAUGAGGAAUAACUGAUUGAUGUUUUGCUGUGUUUGGGAAAAUGUUGUCUUGUUCAAGCCUGCACAGAAAGUUCUGGAAGCUGAUGUUGGGGGGGGGGGGUUGACUUUUAAAGUUUACAUGCAAGAGAAGCUUUCUCCUUUGAAGAGGAUUUUCUUUUGUAUUUCAAAGAGUUUCUGCUGUACUGGGACAUGCUCCACAGAAAUGAGGUGGUGGGGAAGAGGUUUCCACUUGAUAUCGAGUCUCACACUGAAAAUAAAAGGUCAGAGUUUAAGGA